UGCAUAGCAGAUAUACUCAACGUGCCAUCUUUGCCCUGCUCCGCCGCGCACUGCAUCGGCUCGCGCUCCUGAGUUUCUCAACAGCACGCUACACCGAUCGCACAUCCAGGGUUUAGUUACAGUGCGCACAAGUACUUGACAUAUAAAGUAACUUAGCGUCGCGCCGGAGCUGCUGGAUGCGCUCGGUGCCGGGCCCCUCUCCGCCCUGCACCCGGUCCCUGGCGCACAGCUGCCGCGCCGCGGCGAGGGGACCAUGCGGUAGCGCGCGGCCAAGGGCCCGAUCUGUUUCGGCGAGGGCGCACAGUAGCGAGGCGUCCGACAUGGCGCGUGUGCAACAGAACUUCAACUCGGCGGGUGUGGGCCUCUUCUUCAGCCUGUUCGGGGGCAACCAGUCGCUGGCGCUGCCCCACCUGGCGGCGCCCGACAUCCGGCAUGUGGACUGGCGGGCGCUCAAGGCGGCGGGGUUCAAGGGCCUAGUGUUCGAUAAGGACAACACGCUGUCGCUGCCGUUCGCUCUGGAGGUGGAGCCGCGGCUGCAGCCCGCGCUGGCGGGCUGCCUGGAGGCGUUCGGGGGUCGUGCCGUGCUGUACAGCAACAGUGCGGGUCUACAGCAGUACGACCCGGAAGGCAAGGAGGCGGCGGCCCUGGAGGCUGCACUGGGCAUCCCGGUGCUCCGACACGCCGACAAAAAGCCGGGCGGCGGCUGUGCUGAGCUGGAGGCGCACUUCGGCUGCCCCGCCCCGCAGCUCAUCAUGGUGGGGGACAGGUACCUGACUGACAUUGCGUUCGGCAACCGUCACGGCAUGCUGACAGUGCACGUGCAGCCGCUCACCACAAGCGGCGAGCCCUUCGGCGUUGUCAUGGCGCGGCGGAUUGAGGAGUUCUGGGUGGCGCGUUGGACGUCAUUUGGCGUGCACCCGCCCGCUCACUCGCUCGCGCCACACGACACCUUGGCAGCAUACGUCAAAGACCAGCCCAUUGCGUGAACGCCGCAACAGCCAACGCCGGAGAGAUGAUGGCUUGACGGCUCGCGCGUGUGGCAUCAACACUUGCUGCAAUUUCUAUGCUGGUUGUGAUGACGCGGGGAUGGUCGUGUAGCAAGUCGGAGCAACCAUUGACUGUGAAGCGCGGGCUGAGGACGAGACAGCUAGGCCUUCAGGCACGUGAUCGCGUGCGCAUUUAGAGCAUUCAGUAACUCACAACAAGCACAUACUGUAGCGAACCAGCGUAAGAGAUGGCAAGAGCGAGCCAGCAUAGCGCGCCAGUGCCGGAGUGCGGGUGUGAAUGUGAGUGUGAUCACUCUAAAGUUAAUACCCCAAUGGGCGCGAAGGUCUAAUGUCGCUCUUGUUUCAUUGUGACGAAGGGCGUAGGUACAAGACAGGGAAAGGCAGGGGCUCCAGGCGCCACUCCUGGCCUGCACAUUUGUCGCUAUCCCUAGGCAUGACCAGACAACCGGCUUGUGACGCACGAAUGGCGUUGCAGGGGCCGUCGUCUUGGAAGGCGUGAGCCGUUUCAAUCAAAACGUUCAUACCAUGAUGCGUCAUGUGGAGGCGGAGCGGGCUUGGGUUGUGUGCGGCCGGCUGGGACGGUGACGGUCGCAGAAGCUUGCAAGCACCGCCACAAGUUGCCUUGAGGCGGACGGGUGGCAGAGCAAUGGAACAGAGCAAGGGGCGGCGUGGACGGGUGGUGGUGUGUGGCGCACACGCGGAAACGGGGUGCGGUGCCCUGAGCGGGUGGUGUGACGAUGCAUGCCCCCCCCCAGCGGUGUUUGAGCCGUUGGGCAUGUGGGCUGGGAGGGCGCGGGGCAAGACGUGUAGCUGCAGGACCAG